CCUGUGUAGUCUGCUAACACGUGGACCUGUGAGAUGCUGUGCCAACACUUAGUGCUGGGGGCUCGCAAAACUGUGAAUGUAGGAAAAAAUAUAAGACAACUUUGUCAAACGUUAAUAGAGCAACAUGCAGUAUUAAUGCGAGGGUUGAGGAGCGCACCUGAGUUCUCGGCCGCGUGGUGCACCAAGAGCUCCUCCCUCUACCCAGCCACCACCCACCACAGCCGAGGGAGGCGCACCACAGUCAUGUCCACGCACAAACUUGACGAUACAAACAAAACGGCAAAUGGAGUUACCAAUGGCUUUAGUCCCAAGACACCAUUCUUGAUUGGCGUGGCAGGGGGCACCGCCUCAGGGAAGUCCACAGUAUGCAAGCGAAUUAUGGAGAGGUUAGGCCAGGAUGACAUUGAACAUUCCCAGCGUCGUGUGGUUUGCAUUUCUCAGGAUGCAUUUUAUCGUCCACUGAACGCAGAAGAAAGUUCAAAGGCCCUCAAGGGCAUCUUCAAUUUUGAUCAUCCUGAUGCAUUUGACAAUGAGCUUAUUUUGAAAACACUUCGUCAAAUUCUGGAUGGCAAAAUCUGCAAAAUUCCAAAUUAUGAUUAUGUGACAAACUCAAGGUUAGAGAGUACGACUACCAUAUACCCUGCUGAUGUAGUGCUAUUUGAGGGCAUCUUGAUGUUCUACCAACCUGAGAUCCGAGGACUCUUUCAUAUGAAGCUCUUUGUUGACUCUGACGCUGAUACAAGACUGGCCAGAAGAGUGAUGCGUGACACAAGGGAGCGUGGCAGAAAUCUAGAACUAGUGCUUCAUCAGUACACAAAUCUGGUCAAACCAGCUUUUGAAGAGUUUUGUUUACCUACGAAAAAGUUUGCCGAUGUGAUCAUUCCACGGGGAGCAGAGAACACAGUUGCAAUUGAUCUCAUAGUUCAACACAUUCGAGACAUACUUCGCCCAGGCCAGGCUGCUGAAGAAGAUCAACGUCAACAAUUUAAGCGAACCCGACACAACUCUGAUAAUUUCUUCAAGCGGCCACAUUAAGAAACUUGAAAAAUUUAGAUAUGCGGUUUAUUAUGGAUGGUGGUAUGUCUUGUGAUUUCCUACAUCUGUUUAUUAGUACGGUAUGUUGACCUUGUUUAGUGGAUGAUAGGUUGCAAGAAAAUCACAAAAUUUUAAGAAUUUUUUCAUUAAACUUUAGGGAAGACUGCAUCAAAUCAAAUUUUUAGCAAAAAAAAAUAGGUUUACAAGUACAGUACUGUAUUUCUACUUCAGUACAGAUUUAAUAAUAACAAAAUUUUGAAAGAUAUGUACUAUGUUCUUUUCUUUCUCUCCCCCAUGUCUUAGGGUGCAGACCAGAUGAUUAACAAAACAAUAUUCACCCUGUACAUAUAAUUUGGUUUAAUUUUUCAAAUAUGUUUAUGUAUUACUUAUAUGUAAGGUUUAAUGUGUGCGUGUCCUCAAGUACAGUAAUCAGUACCAUUAUUAGUGAUACCAAUGGCUAAAGUUCUUGAUGUCAGUACAGGCUCUGGUCACUAUAUUUAUAUCUAUAUCUAUUAACAAAAUGCUUUUAGACUAAUGGGACAAAUUUAAUUAGAAUCUUACAUACAGGAGUGUAACACCCUUGGGCACAAUAUAUAAAUUUUAAAUGCAGUUUGACCAAGGUGAGUGUCAAGUGCAUGAUUUAUUGGAAGGUUGAGAGAGCUGCCUUGGUGUGGAUCUGGUUCCUGGAUUAUUUUAAAGCUCUAGGGAUUCCAGUUGUGGACAUUUGGGAUAAGAUAGAUAUUUCUUCUGUUAUGGAGAAAGAAAAUAUAUAUUCUUUUCAGAAGCAGCAAUUAAAAGAUACUGUAUUAGGAAGUUUUAACAAAGCUUGAUGUAGAUGUGUUAAGAUUUCCUGCAGUUAUUAAAUACUGUAAUGAUAAUCUGCAUUUGCUGAGAAAAAUAGAUUUGCAUUUUCAAAGUUGGAUUAUCUAGAAAAGCUUUUUGUUUUAACGAUCCACCUGUUUCCUUGUGUGUGCCUGUGAUGGAGUCACAUUCUCUCCAAACCAUUACAGUAUUGUAUUACUGUAUUUUGCACACUCAAGAAAUACUAUAUCACCUGAAGAAUCUCCACCCCAGUUUAUUUCACCUAAGAUUAGCCACCUUAAUGCUAAACCAACCUAACCUCAUCCCCCUAAUUAGUUUUAGGAUAGUUAACCUCUAGGUUAAAUAUGCUGGGGUGGAGAUUCUUCAGGUGAUCUGGAAUAUUUGUUAACUACCUGUUUAGUAGUAAAAUAAAUUAACAUGCCACUGAGGCAAGUCACACAUUAUGACAUUAAGUCAUUUACGGAGUAGCAAAAUAAAUAGGACUUUACUGUAUUCAGUGUGGUUAACGUAUUUGAUGCCUGACGUAUGUUUACAGUUAGGAAGUUUUGUUGUAGGUGAAAAUUUAAGAUAUCCCAAACAACAUGAAAUACAGUAUAUUAUAAGAAGACUUUCAUAAAACAGUAGCAAAGGUGCUUUGACCACAAGAAAAGGCAAUCCUGCAAUUGCAUUUGGAAAAAAAUUGUUGAGGUACAAAUUAGACCCUCUUAAAUUAUAAAAGAUAGAGAAUAGAAUUGUUGGCUAAUUUUAAUAUUUGCAUUAUAUACUUAAUGUUUGUAUGAAAUUAUUUUUCAUUAAGAUUUAAUUAAAUUAACAACAAUAGGAGUGAUGCCAGGCAAUGUGAAAAACAGGUAGUCUCUUGAUUUUGAUAGUACAGUACUGUAUGAAGUGUUAUUCAAAUAGAAAAUUCUGAUUUUGAUAUAACUGGGUUAUGGAAUUAUUGACAGUUAAUUGUGUGUAAAUUCUAAUCAUAUCCAUUGAAGACUGUAGGUGAAUCAGAGGAUACAAUGCAUAUGGUUUAAUGGAGAGAGUUUUGGUUAGUACGGUAUGGUGUAUGGACUUAGUUGUGCAUGAGCUACUCUGCUUUAUAGUGACAAAUGUCAUACAGGAUAAAAGUAGCCACAUAGAAAGACAUCUUUCAGCGACGGUAACUAUAACAACCAAAAUAAGUAUAAAAAAUUUCAGGGAUUUUUUAGAACUUAUAGAGGAGAUAGCAGUUGCCAUUUUUUAUAACAUGCCUUUUUAAAUCUUUUGAGUGUGGUGGAUUGUUUGUGGAUAGAAACAUGUUGACAAGUUCGUGGCUCACUAUGAGACAAGUUUACAAGGGAGUCAGCAGAGUGUGAAAGUUAUUGAGGAGUCUUCUCCUGAUUAAAGAAGGUAGUUUACUCAGUAAACUUGUGGCACUUGUUCCUUGUGUUGGGUCCUGUCCCAAAAUUUUGUAUUUUCAGAGUAAAUGGGAAGACAUUGUUAAGAAGUUACCCACUUUGUGUAGUACCUCUAUUUAAAAGUCUUGGUUUGAUUCCAGAGUGCUGGGCCAAGUUGAAAGUGAUCUUAAUAUAUUAAGAACUGAUUGUUAAUUCACUCAAGUUUCUUACUUGAAACUGUUUCCAACAUGGGAAUAUGUUGUCCCAUUGUUGGAAAGUGAGGAAAAUUUCAUUUUUAUCUUAAAAAGUAUAUUGACUGAAUAUAUAUAUACAUGUAUACAGUGGUCCCUCGGUUAACAGCACAAUCCGUUCCAGCAUGUUGCUCGUUAACCGAAAAACUCGUUAGCCGAAACCAUUGUUUCAAUGGGUU